GGAUGGACAACCAGACAGUCCUGGCUGUCCAGUCUCUGUUGGAUGGCCAGGGAGGUGUCUCUGACCCAAACAACCAGAACGUCUCAGGCUCAUCUACCAUUCAGGCAAUGGGUGUGUGCGUCCCUCCACUUCCCUUUAUCCUCUUAAUUUUUGUCUGACUGCAAUUUCUAAUGUGUUGAUCAGAGAAAACUAGGUACUACAGUAACUCAAAACAAGGGUGCAUUCUGUAUCUCCACUGAUUGCAGUUGAAAUACUGAAGUGUUGAUACACUGCCUUCAGAAAGUAUUCAUACCCCUUAUUCCACAUUUAGUUGUGUUACAGCUUGAAUUCAAAAUAUAUUAUGUCUCACUCAUCUACACACAAUACCCCAUAAUGGCAAAAAUGUUUUUAGAAAUUGAAACAGAAAUACAGAAAUCUCAUUUACAAAAGUAUUCACAUCCCUGAGUCAAUACAUGUUAGAAUCACCUUUGGCAGCGAUUACAGCUGUGAGUCUUUCUGGGUAAGUCUCUAAGAGCUUUGCACACCUGGAUUGUACAAUAUUUGCACAUUAUUCUUUUUAGAAUUCUUCAAGCUCUGUCAAGUUGGUUGUUGAUCAUUGCUAGACAUCCAUUUUCAAGUCUUGCCAUAGAUUUUAAAGCAGAUUUAAGUCAAAACUAUAACUAGGCCCCUCCGGAACAGUCAAUGUCAUCUUGGUAAGCAACUCCAGUUUAUAUUUGGCCUUGUGUUUUAGGUUAUUGUCCUGCUGAAAGGGGAAUUUGUCUCCCAGUGUCUGUUGGAAAACAGACUGAACCAGGUUUUCCUCUAGGAUUUUGCCUGUGCUUUGCUCUAUUCUGUUUCUUUUUAUCCAAAAAAAAAACUCCCUAGUCCUUGCUGAUAACAAGCAUACCCAUAACAUGAUGCAGCCACCACCAUGCUUGAAAAUAUGGAGAUUGGUACUCAGUGAUGUGUUGUAUUGCAAACAGGAUGCAUGUUUUGGAAUAUUCAUAUUCUGUACACACUUCCUUAUUUUCACUUUGUCAUUUAGGUUAGUAUUGUGGAAUAAGUACAGUGUCCAUAAUAAGUAUAUAGGUUAUAGGUUGAGAGCUUUUCUGAAAGAGCACAGUUAGAAAAAUAUGGCAUAUAGAAGCAAACCAGAUGGACAUCAUGAAAAUGAUCGGAGGAAGUUCAGGAGUAAAAAUAAACAAAAUAUAAUUAUUGUAGAAUUUGACUGUGUCCAUAAAAUGUAUAUAGUACAUAUGGGCUGGAAGUAGAGGCCUACGCGUUGUUGUUCACUAGUUUACUCCAAUUGGGGAAGCGGUGGUGGGGUUGGAAAGUAAUGAAGGGAAAAAUAAUUUAAAAAAGGAUAUGUGUGUGUGUAUGGAUGUAUGUACAGUGGGGAGAACAAGUAUUUGAUACACUGCCGAUUUUGCAGGUUUUCCUACUUACAAAGCAUGUAGAGGUCUGUAAUUUUUAUCAUAGGUACACUUCAACUGUGAGAGACGGAAUCUAAAACAAAAAUCCAGAAAAUCACAUUGUAUGAUUUUUAAAUAAUGAAUUUGCAUUUUAUUGCAUGACAUAAGUAUUUGAUCACCUACCAACCAGUAAGAAUUCCGGCUCUCACAGACCUGUUAGUUUUUCUUUAAGAAGCCCUCCUGUUCUCCACUCAUUACCUGUAUUAACUGCACCUGUUUGAACUCGUUACCUGUAUAAAAGAGACCUGUCCACACACUCAAUCAAACAGACUCCAACCUCUCCACAAUGGCCAAGACCAGAGAGCUGUGUAAGGACAUCAGGGAUAAAAUUGUAGACCUGCACAAGGCUGGGAUGGGCUACAGGACAAUAGGCAAGCAGCUUGGUGAGAAGGCAACAACUGUUGGCGCAAUUUAUUAGAAAAUGGAAGAGGUUCAAGAGGACGGUCAAUCACCCUCGGUCUGGGGCUCCAUGCAAGAUCUCACCUCAUGGGGCAUCAAUGAUCAUGAGGAAGGUGAGGGAUCAGCCCAGAACUACACGGCAGGACCUGGUCAAUGACCUGAAGAGAGCUGGGACCACAGUCUCAAAGAAAACCAUUAGUAACACACUACGCCAUCAUGGAUUAAAAUCCUGCAGCGCACGCAAGGUCCCCCUGCUCAAGCCAGCGCAUGUCCAGGCCCGUCUGAAGUUUGCCAAUGACCAUCUGGAUGAUCCAGAGGAGGAAUGGGAGAAGGUCAUGUGGUCUGAUGAGACAAAAAUAGAGCUUUUUGGUCUAAACUCCACUCGCCGUGUUUGGAGGAAGAAGAAGGAUGAGUACAACCCCAAGAACACCAUCCCAACCGUGAAGCAUGGAGGUGGAAACAUCAUUCUUUGGGGAUGCUUUUCUGCAAAGGGGACAGGACGACUGCACCGUAUUGAGGGGAGGAUGGAUGGGGCCAUGUAUCGCGAGAUCUUGGCCAACAACCUACUUCCCUCAGGAAGAGCAUUGAAGAUGGGUCUUGGCUGGGUCUUCCAGCAGGACAACGACCUGAAACACACAGCCAGGGCAACUAAGGAGUGGCUCCGUAAGAAGCAUCUCAAGGUCCUGGAGUGGCCUAGCCAGUCUCCAGACCUGAACCAAAUAGAAAAUCUUUAGAGGGAGCUGAAAAUCCGUAUUGCCCAGCGACAGCCCCGAAACCUGAAGGAUCUGGAGAAGGUCUGUAUGGAGGAGUGGGCCAAAAUCCCUGCUGCAGUGUGUGCAAACCUGGUCAAGACCUACAGGAAACGUAUGAUCUCUGUAAUUGCAAACAAAGGUUUCUGUACCAAAUAUUAAGUUCUGCUUUUCUGAUGUAUCAAAUACUUAUGUCAUGCAAUAAAAUGCAAAUUAAUUACUUAAAAAUCAUACUAUGUGAUUUUCUGGAUUUUUGUUUUAGAUUCCGUCUCUCACAGUUGAAGUGUACCUAUGAUCAAAAUUACAGACCUCUACAUGCUUUGUAAGUAGGAAAACCUGCAAAAUCGGCAGUGUAUCAAAUACUUGUUCUCCCCACUGUAUAUACAUACUGUAUAUGCGAGAGAAAAAAAACAUAUGGAGGAUUGGAAGUGAUGCAGACAAUUACAUUGAUGGAAGUUACAAUCUAUCUGAAAUAUUAAAGCUGAUCUACCCCCUAAAAAAAAAAAAAGAAAAAAAAAGUACAAUGUCCAUCCUCAGUUUUUUCUUAUUACAGCCAUUAAACUGUGUAACUGUUUUAAAGUCACCGUUGGCCUCAUGGUGAAAUCCCUGAGCGGUUUCCUUCCUCUCCGGCAACUGAGUUAGGAAGGACGCCUGUAUCUUUGUUGUGACUGGGUGUGUUGAUACAACAUCCAAAGUGUAAUUAAUAACUUUAUCAUGCUCAAAGGGAUAUUCAAUGGCAUUGGCAAACCUCCCUGGUCUUUGUGGUUGAAUAUGUGUUUGAAAUUCACUGCUCAACUGAGGGACCUUACAGAGGGUUGUAUGUGUGGGGUACAGAGAUGAGGUAGUCAUUCCACACUGUGGAAAUCAUGUUAAACAAUAUUAUUGCACACAGUGAGUCCGUGCAACUUGUUAUGUGACUUGUUGAGCACAUUUUUACUCUUGAACAUAAUUCCACUUUGACAUUAUGGGGUAUUGUGUGUAGGGUGGUGACAUAAUCUCAGUUUAAUCUAUUUUAAAUUCAGGCUGUAAUGCAACAAAUUAUGGAAAAAAUCAAAGGGUGUGAAUACUUUCUGAAGGCACUGUACAUUCCCAAUUGUUCUCUACAGAUGAUGAAGAUGUCUUUCUUUGUGGGAAGUGCAAGAAACAGUUCAACUUAUUGCCUGCCUUUAUGACCCACAAGAGAGAGCAAUGCCAGUCCAAUGCCCCUUCCCUGUCUACAGUAUCACUGGCAUCUAGUAACGCCUACACCCCUGUGCCCUCCAUUAGCUCUGUGCCACAGACCCCCGCCAACAGACAGGUGGGUACUGUACUACUGGCUUAUGACGUAUGAUUUUGAUUGGUAGCUAAGAUGUUUUUUUAUUACUUAGUCUCUUCCCACAGCGGCGCGCCAUGAGUCUGGCAAAAUAAACUAGUUACCGAUCUCCUGUACUUACUGUAUGGGCUGGGGACUAUCAUAGCAUGCUCCAGAACUAUCAUAGCAUGCUCCAGAACUAUCAUUCACUUGCAAUGUAAAUGCAAUAAUGUAGUCUUCCUUUUUUCUUUGUUUGGCCAUCCACAUCAGGUAUCCACAUACAUCACAGUGCCUCCAUCUCCUCUUACUCACACACUGGUCCAAGGCAAUGUUUUAGUGAGUGAUGAUGUUCUGAUGUCUGCCAUCUCCGCUUUCACAUCCAUUGACCAACCCAUGGCAGCAAUGCAGCCCCCUAUUCAGGUAAGUUGUUUUCAUUCAAUUAAGUAUAGGGUUGCACAAUUCCAGUAACUUCCCCAAGAUUCCCUGGUUUUCCAGAAAUCCAGUUUGGAUGAUUUGGGAUUUCCCUGCUUAUUGCCUAACAAUUCCGGAAAGUUUCCCACCCAAGUUAACGGAACUUUGCAUCCCCAAUUAAGCUAUUCUUCUCAGUAAGAAGUAUAUUCUUUCAGCCUUUAUUCACUACAUAUCUUGUUUACCUUUCCUUCUUUUUCUUUUUUUUUCUUUGGGGGGGAUGGAUCAGCUUAAUAUUUCAGAUAGAUUGUAUCUUCUAUCAAUGUAAUUGUCUGCAUCACUUCCAAUCCCCCAUGUUUUUUAUAUAUAUACUCCCUUUUAUUACUUUUCAACCCCGCCAUCCUUUCCCUACUUGGAGUAAGUUAGUGAACAACAAUGCCCAGGCCUCUACUUCCGGUCUAUACUUACUAUCUACACCUUAUGGACACAGUUAAUUUUACAAUAAUUCUAUUAUAGAUAUAUAUAUUUUGCUCCUGAACUUCUUCUACUCUCAACCUCUCCGAUCAUUUUCAUUACCUUUCCUUCUUAGAGUAACCUGAGUAUGCACACAGGUGCAUCCUACCUUCAGCACCAUCAGCAGUCCUCCCACUCUCUCCCACCCGGACAGUCUCAGCCUGUGCCAUCCAGUGUCAGCAACUCAGUGGUCCAGGUCUACAGCGCAAUGCCUCAAAUGUCUGGGAGUGGUAGUGCAGAGAUUCACACCCUGGGCUUGCAGCUGUUCCAAUCUGUACAGGUGAGUUUUUACUAACAGAGAAUGAGGAGGAUGACAGACUUGUACUCUGCAGUGUUUGGGCAACUUCCUAAAGAGUUUGGCUCAGUAGUUCACUAACACAAUGCGUGUAUUAUUUAUGCCCACAGGUCCCCAGUCAGUGUGUGGAGAGCCAGUCAUUCAACACUCCUCCAGUAUACAGCCCGGGGAAGCAAGGCACCAAAACCAAAACCUGCAGCAUCACUGCAAACCUAACUGAGCUUGGGGAGUUUGACAAAGUGAUCAUUCCUAAACGACCCAAAAAUGGCAAGAAAGGCCAGAAUGGAGCAGCGGGUAUGAUUUUGAAAACAAAUGUCAAUAUACAGUACAUAUUGGUCUGAUCCUAAAAAAUAUAUUUUUACAUUGUUUCUCAUCAUUGGCAAAAUGAAAUAAUGUUGUCCGUUGUUCAUAUCCAUUGGCUUUUCAGCAGAACAAAUGAAAGGAAAGUCACAGAAGCUGAAGUGCAAUUUCUGUGAAAAAGUAUUCUCCAAAAACUUUGAUCUCCAGCAACAUAUCAGAAGGUGAGCUUAACAAAUCACAUUUACCAUUCAGCCCAAACAGAAAAGCAAUAUCAGUAUGCAUUGAAUCUACCCAGGAUAAGAAAAUCAUAUGUUUUACAUUAUAAUCUUUGAUGUCUCUACAGUCAUACAGGGGAGAAGCCUUUCCAGUGCAUUGUAUGUGGCCGGGCCUUUGCCCAGAAGUCUAAUGUGAAGAAGCACAUGCAGACACACAAAGUGUGGCCCUCGGGCGUGGCCAGUACGGUGUCCAGGCUGCCCAGUACGGUGUCCAGGCUGCCCAGUACGGUGUCCAGGCUGCCCAUCACAGUCAAGGUGGUCCCACUGUGUGCAGAGGAGGUCAUGGAGCAACAGGAGGAACAACAGCAUGAGGAAGAGGAGCAGCCAGGUAAUCAUUUCACUGUGGAAUCAUUAUUAUUUCUCUAUGGGCCAUUGAGACCUUUUGAGGAUGACAUAGUGGUAAUAAGUAAUGAUAACCAAAAUCUUAAGUCAAUGAAGUACACUACCGGUCAAAAGUUUUAGAACACCUACUCAUUCAAGGGUUUUUCUUUAUUUUUACUAUUUUCUACAUUGUAGAAUAAUAGUGAAGACAUCAAAACUAUGAAAUAACACAUAUGGAAUCAUGUAGUAACCAAAAAAGUGUUAAACAAAUCAAAAUAUAUUUUAUAUUUGAGUUUCUUCAAAUAGCUACCCUUUGACUUGAUAACAGCUUUGCACACUCUUGGCAUUCUCUCAACCAGCUUCACCUGGAAUGCUUUUCCAACAGUCUUGAAGGAGUUCCCACAUAUGCUGAGCACUUGUUGGCUGCUUUUCCUUCACUCUGCGCUCCGACUCAUCCCAAACCAUCUCAAUUUGGUUGAGGUCGGGGGGAUUGUGGAGGCCAGGUCAUCUGAUGCAGCACUCCAUCACUCUCCUUUGUCUUGGUAAAAUAGCCCUUACACAGCCUGGAAGUGUGUUGGGUCAUUGUCCUGUUGAAAAACAAAUGAUAGUCCCACUAAGCCCAAACCAGAUGGGAUGGUGUUUCGCUGCAGAAUGCUGUGGUAGCCAUGCUGGUUAAGUGUGCCUUGAAUUCUAAAUAAAUCACAGACAGUGUCACCAGCAAAGCACCCCCACACCAUAACACCUCCACCUCCAUGCUUUACGGUGGGAAAUACACAUGUGGAGAUCAUCCGUUCACCCACACCGCGUCUCACAAAGACACGGCGGUUGGAAUCAAAAUUCUCAAAUUUGGACUCCAGACCAAAGGACACAUUUCCACCGGUCUAAUGUCCAUUGCUCGUGUUUCUUGGCCCAAGCAAGUCUCUUCUUAUUAUUGGUGUUUAGUAGUGGUUUCUUUGCAGCAAUUCGACCAUGAAGGCCUGAUUCACACAGUCUCCUCUGAACAGUUGAUGUUGAGAUGUCUGUUACUUGAACUCUGUGAAGCAUGUAUUUGGGCUGCAAUUUCUGAGGCUGGUAACUCUAAUGAACUUAUCCUCUGCAGCAGAGGUAACUCUGGGUCUUCCAUUCCUGUGGCGGUCCUCAUGAGAGCCAGUUUCAUCAUAGCGCUUGAUGGUUUUUGCGACUGCACUUGAAGACUGCACAAAGUUCUUGACAUUUUCCGUAUUGACCUUCACGUCUUAAAGUAAUGAUGGACUGUUGUUUGUCCUCGCUUAUUUGAGCUGUUCUUGCCACAAUAUAUGGACUUGGUCUUUUACCAAAUAGGGCUAUCUUCUGUAUACCCCCCCCUACUCGAAGGAGUAGGUGUUCUAAAACUUUUGACCAGUAGUGUACUUCAUUGACAUAAGAUUUUGGUUAUCAUUACUUAUUACCACUAUGUCAUCCAAACUUUUGACCGGUAGUGAAUGUCAUAAUGUACAGUGGGGAGAACAAGUAUUUGAUACACUGCCGAUUUUGCAGGUUUUCCUACUUACAAAGCAUGUAGAGGUCUGUAAUUUUUAUCAUAGGUACACUUCAACUGUGAUCCAGAAAAUCACAUUGUAUGAUUUUUAAGUAAUUUAAUUUGCAUUUUAUUGCAUGACAUAAGUAUUUGAUCACCUACCAACCAGUAAGAAUUCCGGCUCUCACAGACCUGUUAGUUUUUCUUUAAGAAGCCCUCCUGUUCUCCACUCAUUACCUGUAUUAACUGCACCUGUUUGAACUCGUUACCUGUAUAAAAGACACCUGUCCACACACUCAAUCAAACAGACUCCAACCUCUCCACAAUGGCCAAGACCAGAGAGCUGUGUAAGGACAUCAGGGAUAAAAUUGUAGACCUGCACAAGGCUGGGAUGGGCUACAGGACAAUAGGCAAGCAGCUUGGUGAGAAGACAACAACUGUUGGCGCAAUUAUUAGAAAAUGGAAGAAGUUCAAGAGGACGGUCAAUCACCCUCGGUCUGGGGCUCCAUGCAAGAUCUCACCUCGUGGGGCAUCAAUGAUCAUGAGGAAGGUGAGGGAUCAGCCCAGAACUACACAGCAGGACCUGGUCAAUGACCUGAAGAGAGCUGGGACCACAGUCUCAAAGAAAACCAUUAGUAACACACUACGCCGUCAUGGAUUAAAAUCCUGCAGCGCACGCAAGGUCCCCCUGCUCAAGCCAGCGCAUGUCCAGGCCUGUCUGAAGUUUGCCAAUGACCAUCUGGAUGAUCCAGAGGAGGAAUGGGAGAAGGUCAUGUGGUCUAAUGAGACAAAAAUAGAGCUUUUUGGUCUAAACUCCACUCGCCGUGUUUGGAGGAAGAAGAAGGAUGAGUACAACCCCAAGAACACCAUCCCAACCGUGAAGCAUGGAGGUGGAAACAUCAUUCUUUGGGGAUGCUUUUCUGCAAAGGGGACAGGACGACUGCACCGUAUUGAGGGGAGGAUGGAUGGGGCCAUGUAUCGCGAGGUCUUGGCCAACAACCUCCUUCCCUCAGUAAGAGCAUUGAAGAUGGGUCGUGGCUGGGUCUUCCAGCAUGACAACGACCUGAAACACACAGCCAGGGCAACUAAGGAGUGGCUCCGUAAGAAGCAUCUCAAGGUCCUGGAGUGGCCUAGCCUGUCUCCAGACCUGAACCCAAUAGAAAAUCUUUGGAGGGAGCUGAAAGUCCGUAUUGCCCAGCGACAGCCCCGAAACCUGAAGGAUCUGGAGAAGGUCUGUAUGGAGGAGUGGGCCAAAAUCCUUGCUGCAUUGUGUGCAAACCUGGUCAAGACCUACAGGAAAUGUAUGAUCUCUGUCUGUAAUUGCAAACAAAGGUUUCUGUACCAAAUAUUAAGUUCUGCUUUUCUGAUGUAUCAAAUACUUAUGUCAUGCAAUAAAAUGCAAAUUAAUUACUUAAAAAAUCAUACAAUGUGAUUUUCUGGAUUUUUGUUUUAGAUUCCGUCUCUCACAGUUGAAGUGUACCUAUGAUAACAAUUACAGACCUCUACAUGCUUUGUAAGUAGGAAAACCUGCAAAAUCGGCAGUGUAUCAAAUACUUGUUCACCCCACUGUAUGUAUUAUUAAGGGCCUAAGUAUGUAUUAUAAAUGUAGAUUGUGUGCUGAAUGUGUGUCCAGAAGCCCCAGGUAAGCCUGAGGAGAGAGACUGUGACAGCCUGGGUGAUGGUCACGGCAAGCAGAACGGCCAGCAGGCCCAGACCAAGCAGAUCAUCCUGAUCGACAGCUCCUACCAGUGCCAGUUCUGUGCCAGCAAGUUCAGCACCUACUUCCAGCUCAAAUCUCACAUGACCCAGCACAAAGGGGAGCAGGUGAGUCCACAUGGCCAGAGGGAAGGAUCUACCCAGAACAGUAAUGAAGCACUCAUGCACAAGUCUUAUUAUGCAUAUUAUUUGGCAAACUUUUUUGUUCUCCUUUGCACAGGUAUUCAAAUAGAAAUGUGAUUGUGUCAGAUGUCUUCCUUAAGAGCUCUGUUCUCACCACUAAUCCUUCUAAUGUUUCUUCCUGCUGUGUUUCAGGUAUAUAAGUGUGUAGUGAAGUCCUGUUCCCAGACGUUCCAGAAGCUGGAUCUGUUCCUGGAGCACAUCCGGACGCACCAGGAGCAGCUCACCUACCGCUGCCACCUGUGUAGCAAGGUGUUCCCCUCGCUGUUUGAGCUGGGGGUGCACCAGUACUCCCACUGCUUCUGUCCCCAGCAGAACCCACGCAAGGAGACCACUUUCUAUAGGUCACCUUCACUAUCUCCACUCUCCUAAUUUGGCCAUACUAAUGCUUACAAAGUUCAGUCAAUUGCUUUCUUUUCAGUGUGAUCACAGCUUCUCUCAGUGUUUUAUAUGGCCUUCAGUUUGACCCCAUGGGGUUAGUGGUUUCACCAGUGUUUCUUUCACACUCAGGUGCAUGAAAUGCCAAAGCCGGUACUCCACGCAAGAGGCCUUGGAGCAGCAUUUGUUAACCGCCUCACAUAACUUCCCCUGCCCACAUUGCCAAAAGGUAUGCUCUAGAAAAAAUGUAUGUCACUCGCUGCUAUGUUAGGAUUAAGUCACUCUAAAUAAUGCAUAUCUUUUUAUCAGGUUUUUACUUGUGAGAGGUAUUUCCGGCGGCACCUGCCCACACAUGGUAUCGGAGGGAGGUUCAAAUGUCAGAUAUGUACAAAGUUCUUCAAAACAGAGCACUACCUCAAACUGCACACUCUUAUCCACUCAGGUGAGGCAUGCAGACACAUUACCCCAUGGUGCAAAUAACUUUCACUCGGUUCUCUCUACUGUGCUUAUGGCAACACUGUCAUUUCAUUGCAGGAGAAAAGCCAUAUAAAUGUUCUGUUUGCGAGGCCAUGUUCAACAGGAAGGACAAGGUGAAGAGGCACAUGCUCAUUCAUGAGCCCUUUAAGAAAUACAAAUGUCCGUUUAGGUAAGUGAGGCUUCUGUUUUUCGAACAGAUCAUAUGUGAGGCUAUUUGGAAACCUGAGCCACAAAGGAAUCCAAUAAAAACCUGGGGAUAUCUUUUGACGUCAAUGUAACAGAAAGCUCUGUUUUUUUAUUGGUGUAUUCAAAGCAUUAUUUUGUGCUUUCAGGACACAUGUUGGCUGCACUAAAGAGUUUAACAGACCAGACAAGUUGAAGGCACACAUACUGUCUCAUUCUGGUGAGUAUUUCCUGUCUGUUGUAGUAAAUGAUUAAUACACCAAUCACAGCUGUAAACAUAAUUUACCUUGUUGCAGCUCUUGACAGCCAUUUAAAGUGAGGAUUCAAAACAAUUGAGAGCCAUACUUUUAUUUCUGUCGUCCCAAGGUAUCAAGCCCUAUAAAUGUGGGUACUGCCAGAAAGCUUUCAGCAGAAGAGCCCACAUGCUUGAGCACCAACGCUCACACACAAACAACUAUCGUUUCCGCUGUGCCACCUGCAAAAAGGGCUUCACCCGACAGAAGUAUUACAGAGACCACAAGUGCCCCAUGGCAGGGGCUGCGGUGGAGAAGGACGGGGCAGAGAAAAGAGUGACGAGGAAGAGGCAGGGACACAGAACAGAGGGGAACCAGGGGUCAAAUGGGAACCAGGAGGAGUCAGAGAUUGAACAGAGCAGGGAAGAGGUGGAUGAAAGGGAGGGGGAAGAUGAUGAUGACGACGAGGAGGAGGAGGAGGAGGAGGAGGAGGAGGAGGAUGAUGAAGAGGAGGAGAGGAUCAAGGACCCUCAGGCGAUGAUGUCAAUUGUCCCAGUUGAGGAUCAGUUGGAGGGAGGAGAGGCAGAGCAGGAGGAACACUUUGGAGACUGC